UUUUCACUAAAACUUUAGGUAUUUUGCAGAUUUUUCAAAUUUUACUUAUAUUUCAGCACUUUACAAAGAAAAGUUCAAUACAGUAUUUUAAAGUAAGUUAGGUUUUUGAAAAAUUACUAAAAGUGUUACAUGCAGGGCAAAAUCUUGAUGAGUAGGAUUGUGGGGGCAUGGCGGGAGAUGCCUGUUUGCUGCUGUUUUCAAUGAUGCAUUUUUGUCAAAAGUGCAGUGAAAGGAAGAACAUUUGAAGGAUUAGAAAUAUCUAAUACCUAUAACAACCAGCCUUCACCUUUUCAAUUCUGUAACCCCAUCGAAUUAUCCCCAAAUAGACAGGGCUCUUACGAACAAGACUCGAAAACAUCUCAAAAUUGGAGGGGCACAAGUUGAAAGGGGCGCCGUGUCACAGAAAAAAAGGUCAUUUUUCCAAAGAGUUUACCUCUGAGAGAAGGGUUUUUCUAAAAGUUGAGGAGGGAAGUCUCAAAAUUCUGACAAUUUUUAAAGUAGUCCCAUUUCAAAUAUUCUCCAGACUAUGAAAACAGCUAGAGCUAUUCAAGGAAAACAAAUUAUAGUCUCGAUUAGGUCAAGAAAAAAAUUUAAGAAUGUUAUUAGGUGUAAACUGAAGGGCGAUUUUGCGCGAGUUUCAAGAUUUCACUAGUUUUCAAAACGCUGUUGUGGUAUUAAAAACGCAUUUCCUGUCUUUCAGAUUAUGAAAAACCGUUACAUGUACCUAUAAACCUCCAAAUAAAUUUUAAAGUAAGUUUCUAGCUCGAGUGUGACAAAGUUAUUUAGUGCAAACUGAACGACUGUCUUGCAGAAAAGUUUAAUUUCUACCUAUGUCUAGAUGAUUUCAUUAAUAAUAUAGAAUUUUUUACGUUCUCAAACUAUGAAAAUCAGCUUAAUUCUUAAAAAUUUAGAUGGAAAUUGGACAGGGAAGUCAGUAGCUUUUAUUGAAAGUUAUUAAAUGUAAACUGUGCGGUGGUCUUCGUAUGAAUCGUCCAUAUCAUUCUCAUUGUUUGUGUCUUUCUGCGAAUGUGAAUCUAUUUCCAUCUGGUCACACCCUUUUGCAAAAACUUGAUACUUGGUGGGAGUGGCAGCUUAUUAACGCCCUGUAUAAUGUAUGGUAGCCUUGAUGAGAAUCAAACGAUGGACGAAGAGAAAAACGAGAUUGUGCCACUUGUAACUACUUCCGGCCAGGAAAAGCGUUCUGUCAUGGAAAUCGCAAAACAUUUCGAAGAUGAAUUUGACAGUUCUUUUUGGGAAUCAGUUAACAAACGUUACAAAGAAAAAGUUCAAAGCUCUGUCAACGAAAACAGCACAGAGGCAGGGCAGCAUGCAUCUCACCUUCCCAAACCCUCCAAAGAAAGGUGCUGGAGUGCGAGUCUUGAUGAAAUAAGAGCAGAAAGAAUAAGUGAGAAAUUCAAGGAUAAAGACAAAGACCCAAUUCUUGCAAUAUUGCAAGACUGGUUUCCAAGUUUUGUAUCAACAAGUGAUAAAGAGCUGGUUCCAAGCUUUGAAAGCCAAGUCUCAAAACUUGUCAUUGUCCUUUUGGAUCAAGAGUGCAGGAAGCAAAACUGUGUAGCUGGUGAAAAGCAUUACUGCAAGUAUGGUGGCAGAAAAAAACACUUUGUUGAUAUAGAGGGAGUUAAGAUGACCCUGCUCCAUUUUGUGGCAAAAACGAAUUUUGUUAUCAUUGCAAAGGCCCUAAUUGAGCGUUUCCCAGGGAUGCUGCAUGUUAAAACACGUGGAGGAGACGACAAGAACCGGCUUCCAGUUGAAUAUGCUUUGUUAAAUUUUCAUGAUGAUGUUGCUUCAGAACUAAUAAAAAAUAUGCAUAAUGAAAGAGUUAGACGACUCUUUCAGUAUGAUACAAUGGAGGAUGGUAUAAGAUUCCACUUCAGCAAUUACAUUAAAAAUGAAGCGAUGCAGAAAACUGUCAUUGCCGUCCUUGAUUGCAUGAUGAGCCCGGAUUGGCCCUUCAUUCCGAUAAGCAAAGACGAAGUAAGCGAGGAAGUAGCAUGGAGCAAAGUCCCGGACAUACCAAUCCGGUAUCAUGUUUUUUAUCAGAUUUUAGAUGGCGAUUUUGACGGAAGGCCAGCGAAGCUAAAACGGGAGCAUGGUGGCUUCAUCGAAAACGAGAAGUUCGAUCACAAAUCAGACUCGUGUUUCAAGUGUCUUGUCAAUUCACCCCAUAAAGAUGUGAUAAUUCGACACCCAAUUGUCCGUUUACUUGCCGAUCGAAAGUGGAGCUGUUUUGGAGAAGUCAGAGUAAGAUUCUUCGCGAUACUGUAUCUAGUGUUUCUCUUCGCUCUUUCUUUUGCACUCCUUGGUGCUGUAAGCAGCAAAGAUCCCAGGAAAUACCAGAACAACCUGGACUAUGCAAGGAUGGUUUUCGAGGCAAUGUCACUUUUUGGAGCUGUUGCCUAUUUGCUUUUGGAAGUUGACCAAAUGACCAAAGAACGUUGCAGAUACCUCAGGGAUGGAUGGAAUUUCUUAGAUUUGUUCGGUAUAUUAUCAUUGUUUUGCUUGAUACCCGGAAGAAUUCUCAAUGGAAACUGGCAGUGGUCGCUGGCAGCCCUUUCGUAUCUUGUCAACUUUUUACGAGUCUUCAAAUACUUUCCUGCCUGGCCACGUGUAGGAUUAUAUGCCAAAUGCUUGUAUACGAUUUUACUAAAUGAUGUGUCAACCUUUUUUGUUGCCUAUGGUGUUAUAAUGUUUGCUUUUGGUGGAAGCACGUACCUGGCGCUUAAAGCAAGUCGAGGACUUCAGAAUGUUAGUGGAUUUGGUGAUAUAAUUCUGCGAGAAAUAAGAAUUUUGGCAGAUGGACAGGCAUUUGCAGACAGCUACGAUAAAUUCCACGUUGCUGUAAUUGUGCUAAUCUUGAUCAACAUGAUCGUUGCUCUUAUCGUCAUGGUGAACAUGUUGAUUGCCCAACUGAGCAACAGCUAUGAGAACGCCUUGAACGAGGCUGUAUUGCAGUUCGACAUUGACAAGUACUUCAUGGUUUCGAAACUGGAACAGAGUCAUUUCAGACGGGGGAACUUGAGAAUAAAGUAUUAUACUGACGGUGAUUACGUCAACGAUAUGACAAAAAUCAAAGAAAUUUUCGAUGACUGGGAAAAAUUGAAGGAACAGAAAAACAUUGGAAAUUUACCUCAAAAGCAUGAAAGGGAGAGAAUGCAACAACUGGCAAGCAAAGACAGAUUCUUCGGCGUUGUAAUCUGAACACUUUUUACCAGGUAUCAGAUAACAAAAUCUGGAAUGUCUCUAGCCGGCAUUUGAACAGAUAGAAACUUCCACUAGAAUUAUAUUCUGGCGUGUUUGUACCUUUGUAGAAUUUCGACCUAUUAUUCUCCAUUUUCCAGUUACUUUGUGAACAGCGAGUUUCCCAUGACCUCAACAACAACCACAGUUUUCGUGUGCAGACGUAGGACUAGGUAUUUAGAUAGUUACAGCAAUGCCACAUCUUAACCUGUGUUGGACACAAUUUUGCACCCUUUCAACUAACGUCUUUGCUUUGACCGUAAUGACAUUUUAUUCUUAAUAUUGAGAAUAACCCAGAUUCAAGGGAAUCUCACGGUUGCACGGUGGAUGGCCGUCCACAAGGUCAUUGAUAGCAAACGAUUUUCAGCGACCACACCCAAACCACGCCCUUUCAUUGCUUUUCAAAGGAAACUUUUUGUUAAAGUUUGGCCCAUGGGACGGAGGAACGAUAAAUGUUUUUCUUGAUUUUGACCCCCUUCAUUUAUCUUUAAUUGACACCCAUUUUUGUUUGCCUAAUUUUGAUUUUGUAAUGUUUGUGACUCCAUUUGUAAGUUUUAUAAGUUGGGAUCUGUCCUUUUGUAAAAGUGACAAUAGGCUGUCCUCGAACAAACGUCUUAUAACAUUUUUGUAGUUUAACAUAAGCUUUAUUUAAAUUAGUAUUUUUUGAAAUUUCUAUUUAUUUUUUUCCUGGAGUAAUGUUUCACAUGAGCUUUUUUUGUAGUGUGUUUUGGUUUGAAAUUCAAUUUCGCGUUAAUGGGCUUUGUGAAUAUUUUUCGAAGGACAUGAUUGUUUUUUGUAACCGUUUUUCGUUAAACGACUUUUGUAUAUUUCCCUGUGCAAAUGAUGCUUCAAAAUAGAUGCUAUUUACGAUUAGUAUUGUAAUCACUUUUUUAGAAACGUACAGUCUCUAGUUAACGCUCCUUCGCUUUUUUAUGACCCCAUUUUACAUGCUCCCCAUUUCGGUCAACUAACGCCCGUCUUUGCAGUGCCCUUCUAUUAGACAGUCCAAUCAUUUAAGCGGGCUUUAAUUAGUGUAUAAUGAACGUUUUAACGAUAAAUCAACCCCCCCCCCCACCCUAUUUUUAAAGGCUAACUUCUAUUUACUCCUUCCAAAAUCAGUAAUGAUUUUGUUUAUGCUUAGGGUGUUAAAUAGUGGGUUUUUGGUUUUUUGAAUAGAUUUGACUUUUUUCUAGAAUUUGAUCAUUUUGGUAAAAAUUUUCUACGAUUUUGCAUCAAUUUUCUAUUGUUUGAAUGUGUUUUAACUG